ACAAAAACCAGAAAAAAAACUAGAAGAUUACGACGUUUAAAGCUUCACCAGCAAUUCUCUAUGGGAAAAUGAUUUGAUAGGGCUGCAGCCCAAUGAAAAUAAAUAAAGCGGCAGCCCUUCUCACUGUCCAUUAUGGUAUCCCUUUCCAAGAUCGACGCCCAAUAAGAAACUCCAUGGAUAUCAGCUGAAUCCUGCGUGGAAGGAAUGGCGGAGAGAGAGAAAAUUUCUUAUUGGGGUUGGGCUGCUUUGGCACUCUUCAUACGCCUGUUUCUCAUUCCCAUUUCUCUAUCUUUCACCUCUCGUCCUGAGAUUGCAACCCCUCUCACUAGCAUCCGUCGAUUGGCAGAAGGUCAAUGGUUAAAGCAAUCUUCAUUUUCUCCUUAUGCAGGAUCUAUGUACCAUGGUUCACCUUUGUUACUAUCGGUUCUAGGCCCCCUGACUGUAUGUAGAACUGGAGGAGUCCCAAGUCACAUUUUACUGAGUUUGGUGUUAGUGAUUAGGUGGUCUACUCGCUUAAGUGGAUUUGAAAGUAAUUUGGAGGUCUCUAUUAAGCUUGAAGGAAUAUUUGGUGAUUUUUAUCUUGUUGGCACUCUGGAUUCUGGAGAUGUUGCUGCUCUUAUAUAUUUAUUUAAUCCUUUGACAAUAGCUGCUUGUGCGGGUUCCUCGACAUCACCUAUUGAGAACAUGAUGAUCCUAUUGACUGUCUAUGGGGCUUGUGCAGGUGUACCUCCCUUGGCAGCUUUUGGAUGGGUCAUUGCAACACAUUUAUCUAUUUAUUCAAUGAUGCUUGUCAUACCCAUUAUUAUCUUAUUAGGGUAUGGGCUGGACACUCCUCCAAAGAAACUGUUCAAGACAGUUGAUAAGCAGAAGAAAUCAGAUGCACAGGAAAGUUCUAUGUCAAAGCCUAUAAAAAAUCCAUUGUGUGAAGGGAGCACUCAGCAAGAUCAAUUAGUCCUUUCUUUCUCAUGGAGACCAAUUAUACACUUCAUGUUAUGGGCAGGGUUCUGGUCAUUAUAUGUUCUGGGCUUGUGCAGUGUUUCCCUUAAAGGUCAUGGUGGUUUGAGAGAGAUGUUCAACAAAACAUAUGGGUUUAUCCUUAAUGUGGAGGAUCUAUCGCCAAAUUUAGGUGUCUUUUGGUACUUCUUUGCAGAAGUCUUUGACUUUUUUAGAGAUUUCUUCCUACUGGUAUUCCAUGCAAAUAUAUUGUUCAUGAUAUCACCACUGGUCAUUCGUCUUAAUCACCGACCAUGCUUCCUUGCAUUUGUAUACAUUGCAAUCUCUUCAAUACUGAAGUCUUAUCCUUCUGUUGGUGAUUCUGCUCUUUACCUUGGAAUGAUGGGAUUGUUUUUUCAUGAACUAGCAGGAAUGCGCUUCUCACUUUUCCUCUUAAGUGGAUACAUUGGGGUUUCCCUUCUUAGCCCUGUUAUGCAUAACCUUUGGAUAUGGAGGGGCACUGGCAAUGCGAACUUCUAUUUUGCAACAGCUCUUGCCUAUGCUUGCUUUCAGAUCCUUCUUGUCGUAGAGAGUGUGGGCACCAUGUUGAACCAUGACAGGAUGUUCAAACAACAGUGUAAUUCAAAGACCAGAACAUGAUUGUUCUCGUCAAGGAAGAACCUUAGGUCUAUGGUAAAACAUUGGAGCAAUUAGUUUUUUGGCACAUAGAGAGAGAGAGAGAGAGAGAGAGAGAGAGAGAGAGAGAGAGAGAGA